GUCGACUCCAAUUGCCACGAAUGGAUCGUUGUCCUCGCUGUCCUCGUUGUCCUCGCCGAUUGCCGCGAGCGGCUCGGCGAAACCGUCACCUCCGAUUGCUGCGAGCGGAUCGACGGCGUUGCCCUCUCCGAUUGCCACGAGUGGAUCGACGACGCGACCGUCGGUUUCGGCGUCGUCUACCGCACCUCCGUCUCCGUCUGCGCGCUCUGA